AUGGCUCCUCAGCCCUCCCUUUACCCAGACCUCCACCAUAUCCAAGAUCUAGACCAUGCGGGAAUCCAAGAUCUCCAGCAGAUCAUCCAGACAUUUCCCAUAAUCGACAAUCAUGCCCACAAUCUACUCAAUGAAGACAACGCAUAUGGAAGCGCAGACUUUCCCUUCGAGUCCAUUACAUCAGAGGCCCAAGGUCACGCCCUCUUAGACCAUGUACAUUCCAGUCUACCUCACAUGCGUGGCAUUAAACAUCUUGCCGAAUUCUACCAGUGUCCGGAAACUCUCCAAGAUGUCAAGGCAGCGCGCUACGAAUGGGUGCGCAGAGACUACCCUGGUUUGAUCCGAAGAUGCUUGGAGGGCACACACGCCAUCAUGAUGGAUGAUGGUUUGGCUCCAGAAGUCAUCCACCCUUACAAGUGGCAUCGUCAAUUCCUGCCCACUGUCUCAAGAAUAGUACGCAUUGAGGCCGUUGCCGCUGAGCUGCUCGAGCAUCUUGCGCAUGCUGCUGGGUUUAUGAGGGUCGGUCUUGAUGCCGACUGGCCUAUCAGCCAAACCGAGAGCUUCCUGGUACGCUUCAAUACAGUGUUUCGCAAUCAGAUACGUACCCUAGCCAAUGAUCCCGAUGUCCGUGGCUUUAAGUCGGUCAUCUGCUAUCGCACAGGCCUCGACAUAUCAACCGACAGCCGGAAAAACUUCCGUCCCCAGCAAUCUCUUACCGAAUCCCUCUUGUUACAGUCUUUCCACGAUUUCCUCCAGACAGCCGUUCGCGAUCACAAGUAUCGCAUUCAACAAAAAGAAGUCAACGAUUAUCUCGUCGUGGCCGUCUGUGAUGUUCUAGAAAAGCUCGUCGAUACCGAGGGUGAGAGCGUUGCUUUCCAGUUCCAUACUGGUCUGGGAGAUAGCGAUAUCGACCUCAUCAAAGCAAACCCCGCCUAUAUGCAGCCUUUAAUUGAAGCCUUCCCCAACGUCGACUUUGUGCUGCUCCAUUCUGCCUACCCUUAUACUCGGGAAGCAGGUUAUCUUGCAGCGACAUAUUCAAAUGCCUGGCUCGACAUUGGGGAGGUCUUCCCCAUGCUCUCAAGGGACGGUGAAGAAUCGGUCUUGCGCCAAGCACUUGAGUUGACUCCGAGCACAAAGAUACUUUGGAGUACAGAUGGCCAUUUCUAUCCUGAAACUUAUUGGCUUGCCAACAAGCACUUCAGAGAGGCUCUUGAGAAACUUUUGACAUCUUAUGUUGCAGCUGGGGACGUGACUGUGGCCCAAGCCAUCGACAUGGCCAUCGAUAUCAUGUUUUGGAACUCGAACACUUUGUACAAGCUGGACGAGGAGCGUAAAUACCCCGAACUUUUGAAUGCAUGUGGUCGGGCGACAGGCGAGAGUUUGCGUACACUUGUCAAUGGCAGCUCAAAGGCACCCUCUUUCAGAUCUUAUGCCAGUACAGCCGUCGGCACAGCGGGUCCUUCUGGUUUACGUCCUUCCGGCUCGGCAUCUACAUUGCAAGCCUCCAAUGCCAAUCUGGCUCUGCGCUCUGCAAGUGUGAGCUCUGUAUCGGGUCCUGGCACCGGUGCCGCCGUUUUUGCACAAAACCUGACAAUUCUUGACACGUUUCUGCGAUCGAACCCAGGUGUAAAGUAUAUUUGGUAUCAAUUUAUCGACUAUACUGGUACAUCGCGUAACAGGAUGGUCACCGUUCAGCACUUCCGAAAACAACUCUCUGCAGGAAAAUACCCCUAUGCGACUUCCGCCAUGACGCGUCUUUUACAGAAUGACACGCCGGCUUCAGGUUGUUCACCAACCGGCCAAUUCUAUUUUGCACCAGAUCUUUCAUCCCUAGCCCUCAACCGAGGCAUACCGUCGCCAUCUGCAACAGUACAAACGUGGUGGAUGGCUGACACUGAGCAUCUACCUUCGGUUGAGCAUUACGAUCGAUGCCCUCGAUGGGCGUUGCAGUCGCAUGCCAAUGCUCUGAAAUCAGAAUUCAACCUCACUAUACUUAUGGGCUUUGAGAUCGAAAUAGUCUUCAUGCGUCCCGUUUUCAACGAGGACAAAUCUGACUAUGUCGACUUCCAGCCAUUGAGUCAAGUCCAUAACUGGGCUGGCAUGACUGGCUUGCAGUUGGAUGCGCUUCCUAUGAUCGAAGAAAUCGUUGAUUCUCUGGCCGAGGCCGAUAUUCACUUACCAGAAUACCACGCCGAAGCCGCUCCUGGACAGUGGGAGUUUCCCCUGCCGGCCUUUGAGCCCGUCAAAGCCGUCGACGUUCUCUUCAAAACAAGGGAUAUCAUCCGAAAUGUUGCAAAGAAACACGGUCUCAAGGCCACCUGCUAUCCACGACCCUUUGCCGCCAGCCCUGGUAGCGCAAAUCAUGCACACUUUAGCAUCAAUGGACCUGGUGAUGUCGUCUCAAGAUUUGAGAGCCCAUUCUUGGCUGGUGUUCUAGAACAUCUUCCGGCAAUUAUCGCCUUCACAUUGCCCGUCGAAGAAUCCUACGCACGUGUCGGCCCAGGACUCUGGUCUGGUGGAGAGUACGUCUGCUGGGGCACUCAGAAUAAGGAAGUCCCGCUCCGUAAAUGUGGCCCGGGUCAUUUUGAACUCAAGACGAUCGACGGUAUUGGGAACACGUAUCUUGGAAUGGCGGCACUUCUUGCAUCAGGUCUGCACGGACUAAGGCAAGAUCUCAAGCUCGAGCUGAAAGAUUGCCUGGGUGACCCAACAGGAAUCGGUGAGGAAGAAAGACAAAAGUUGGGUAUCUCAGUCAAGGUACCCAACUCCCUCGAGAAGAGUCUCAAGGCUUUGGAUCGAGAUAAAGUUCUGAGGCGUUCCUUGGGAUACGCCAUGGUCGAUGACUACCUCGCGACCACGGAAGGCGCCAUGCAGAUGUUGCGGGGGUUCAAUGACGACAAGAGAAAGGUGUGGUUGAUAAGUCGAUAUUAG